AUGGCGGCGCCUGCGCAUGCCAGGUACCGCUAUCAGAAGAAACCGUACCACCUUCCCUACCAGAUUAAGUACCUCAAACUGGCAAUUCGAAUCUUCGACUCAGACAUUCACGACAUUCUCUCGUCCCGACAAGAGAAGACCAUGGUCAUUGAUGACCUCUCCAAAGAAUUGACGAAUAGCGAGAAGAGAGGACCAUCCGGAGAUUGCCACAAUAACCGCACAGUCUCGUUGGCUCGACAAAUGCAGAAAGGAGACAAGGUCGUUGUGAAAUGGCAGGUGUGCUCUGCUAUUCUGAGGUUCCAGAUCAACCUUCCCGAAACCUGGCUGAACCAUCCGACUUUCAGGCAGUGCUAUGCGGGAGCGAGCUACCUCAUCAAUUGCAUCACUGGCGUGAACACCUACUCACAGGAGGGGUUGCAGAGAGCGAUGUAUGGUGCUCAGUCUGCCGGGCCUCAACAUAACGACAACUCUAGAAACGCCCAUCAUGGUCGCCAAGAGAACACUGAUCCUCAUGUCAAUAACAACAUUGGUCAGAUCAAUGCUGCCGAGGCUCAGCACGAAGUCGAGCGCCAAAUCAGUACAGAGACGAACGCUGCCAAUAUGCAAAAGACAAUCACGGAGCUGCGCAAGAUAAUGCAGUUCCUGCCAAAUAUCGCGGCUAGUGAGAGCAAGACUUUUCGCAAGGGCAUAUUAAGUCCUUUUAUUACCAAGAUCCAGUCCCACGGCUGGAACGAUCUUGUCCGGUGGGCUGAUCAGCUGGUUGUUGCGAAGGGGAGGGAUUCUCGCCAGUUUGUGGCGGAAGAGCUCCGGGAGACGCUCGCGGCGCGCGUCAAAGACCUGAGUGCAUGA